GCCAUGAGUAUGCUCAGGCUACAGAAGAGGCUUGCCUCUAGCGUCCUCCGUUGUGGUAAAAAGAAGGUCUGGUUGGACCCCAGUGAGACCAAUGAAAUAGCCAAUGCCAACUCCCAUGGAAAAACACUUUGUCGACGGAAGGGCAGGCAUAUGAGCAUAGGGAAGCAGAAGGGCACUGCCAAUGCAAGAAUUCUCGAGAAGGUGACCUGGGUACGAAGGAUGCGGAUCCUGAGUUGACUUCUCAGGAGAUACCGGGAAUCCAAGAGGAUUGACCGCCACAUGUACCAUAGCUUGUACCUGAAGGUCAAAGGGAAUGUCUUCAAAAAUAAGCAGAUUCUCAUGGAGCACAUCCACAAGCUGAAGGCAGACAAGGCCCGCAAGAAGCUCCUGGCUGACCAGGCUGAGGCAGCAUGAAAGCGCCAUGAGGAGCACCUCCAAGCCAAGAAGGAGGAGAUCAUCAAGACUCUGUCCAAGGAGGAAGAGACCAAGAAAUAAAGCUUCCCUCAUGUCUGUACAUAGUGGGCUGCCUGUGGCCUCAGGUGGAUCAGUCAUUAAAAUAAAACAAGCCUUAAAAAAA